UCACAGGAACAGUGAAGUGUUCGGAUAGUGCCCUCAAGGGCGCCAAUUUCAUUCAGCUCAAGAUUCCUUUGGUCUUCCUGCAGAACAUAACAGUUUUCAUGGUUGGGCGCGAUUCCGAGGCUAAUGGAAUUGCCAAAAAUGGAGCUAAGAUGGUUACAGCUGUUGCAUGUGCAAACGUCCCCAAGUUUACAGUGAUAAUUGGUGGGUCGUACGGUGCUGGAAACUACGGGAUGUGCGGACGGGCCUAUUCGCCGAGAUUCCUGUACAUGUGGCAAAUUCGCGCAUCUCUGUGAUGGGAGGCACUCAGGCAGCCAAUGUAUUGGCCCAAAUCACUCAAGAUCAGCGGAAGCGAGCCGGCAAAGAGUUCACCGAGGAGGAGGCCCAGAAACUAAAGGCUCCCAUUGUGGAAAUGUUCGAGGCAGAGGGCUCACCGUACUACAGUACCGCUCGCUUGUGGGACGACGGCAUCAUAGACCCGGCCAGUACACGGCAAGUGCUGGGCCUGAGCCUAAAGGCAGCCCUCAACAAUGCUGGACACGACACGAAGUUUGGCGUUUUCCGCAUGUAAAUUUGAUUUGCAUGCGGGUGUAAUUAACACUGGGAUAUGUGCAUUUAUAGACAUUUAAUGUCCUGCCACUAUAUUGAAACUGUUGCAUUUAUUAGUGUUAAGUGAAUUGUUGUUGUUUCUGUAAAGGUCCAUGGACUAUCUAUUUUUGAAAUGAAUUUUAGCUAAAAUAAAUAUUUUUAAAUUA